AUCCGCACCAGUCCUCUGCUGUCCCGCCCAAUGGGUCCAAUAGGUCACGCUCACCCCCCCAUCGUCCCUCCGAUGGGGGAUUCAGAUGGAUUCAAUGCUGUGCCACAGAUGGCUUCGAUGGGACCACCGCCCGUGUACCGUGUACGACGACCCCCACGAAGAGUACUCCGACUGCCGCUACGAGGGCGACUAUGAGGGCGACUACUCGAUGCCCACCGAGGAGGACCAAGAGGAGGAGUCGUGCUCCUGUCAGAGCCAGACCUGUCAGAGCCAGAGCGAGUUCAGUUCGAUAGAGCGCACCGAGUCGGACUCGGAGUGGGACGAGCUCUCCGACGGCCCUUCCCCCAGGGUCUCCCCGCUGGAGACCCUCGGCGCAGUCGUGCUCUCCACAAUGCAGCCGGAGCACCGUCAGCGCAUGGUGGCCUUGUACCACCUCGUAAAAUAAUUGUAAGGCAACAUAUAUUAACCCUAACCGAUCGAGAUAUUAUACUGCAAUUAGUUUUAUGCGAUAU